UCUCCUGCUCCGCUGGGCGUCCGGAGGGGACGGUCCGCCCCGGUCCACGGGAGUUUGGGGUCCCCGCGAGCCCGGGGUCUCGGCAGUCUGUGGGCGGCGGGCCUCCGCUCCAGAUCCGCCCAGGGGGCGCAGGAGGGGCCUCCUGGCGAAGAUGAGGAAGCCGGAUGGGAAGGUCGUGCUGCUGGGGGACGUGAACGUGGGCAAGACGUCGCUGCUGCAGCGGUACAUGGAGCGGCGCUUCCCCGACACGGUCAGCACGGUGGGCGGCGCCUUCUACCUGAAGCAGUGGCGCUCCUUCACCAUCUCCCUCUGGGACACGGCAGGGCGGGAGCAGUUCCACGGCCUGGGCUCCAUGUACUGCCGGGGCGCGGCCGCCAUCAUCCUCACCUACGACGUCACUCAGCCGCAGAGCCUGCUGGAGCUGGGGGACAGGUUCCUGGGUCUGACGGACACGGCCAGCAAGGACUGCCUCUUCGCCAUCGUGGGGAGCAAGGUGGACCUCACCCAGGAAGGGGCCGUCCAGAGCCAGGAGCGGGGAGAGGGCGGCCCUGGGCGGGAGGGAGGUGGCAGCGGCUCCCCCCUGGUGCCCAGGCAGGUGUGGCCGGAGGACGCGGUGGCUCUUUAUAAAAAGAUCCUCAACUACAAGAUGCUGGAUGAGAAGGACGUGCCGGCCGCUGAGCAGAUGUGCUUCGAAACCAGCGCCAAAACCGGACACAACGUGGACCUGCUGUUCGAGACCCUGUUUGACUUGAUGGUGCCGAUGAUCCUGCGGCAGAGAGCCGAGGGGCCCCCACAGACCGUGGAUGUCACCAGCUACAGGCCGCCCAAGCGGACCAGGGCUGGGUGCUGCGCCUGAGCUGGGGCUCCUGGCUCGUGGUUUGUCCGGAAGGGGUCGGACCGAGAAAGCCAUGGUCAAAAGGGCCAUGGAAAUUCACGAACUGAUUUAUAGGACACCACGGGGAGGGCCGGGAGGGGGCUGGACUGACAGACAGCUGGGCGAUGAUAGGAGAGCCGUGUGUCCGGCCCUUCUGGUCUGCCCCUCCUGGGGUGCAGGGCUUGGAGCAGUAGACGUCUCCGCACACCCACCUGGCGCCCCACCCAGCAGGGACACCCGCCCCCGGGGUCUUUGCUAGGUGGCCUCGGUGCUCCUGGCCCCGCACACUGCUGCCUGGACACCCUGCUGCCCCCAUGCCCUGGCUCACGUUGCUCACGGUGAUGGAUCUGGCCCUCCCUUUAGUACUCGCAUCUUGAUGUGUAAUAACCACGAGUCUCGACAGGGUAACUCACACAAUAUCAGGGGUAACUUUUUCUUUC